AUGACAAAGACGGGUAUUAAACCUAAUGCGGUUACAUGUAGGCCUGACAAUAUUUGUCCGAUAUCCGGCCUAGUUACAUCUAAUAUUCUUAUACAUGGGCUUUGUACAACUGGUCAAGUGGGUCCUGCGCUCAAGUUAAAAAACAACAAGUUGAAAUGGAAUGUUGUACCCAACGUAGUUGUUUCAUAUAAUGCCAUUAUAGAUACCCUUUGCAAAGGAGGUUUACUUGACGAAGCUUUGGUUCUCUUCUCUGAAAUGCUUCACGCCUCGAAUGUUGUUCCCAAUGUAGGUUCUUCAGUUGGUGGAGGAGUUGCAGUUGUUGCGGCUGGAGUUGCUUUUUUCGCAGCUUCUGCAUCUUGUGGACUAGCUGGUUUGAUUGAGGAGGAAGCAAGAAGAUAUUUUGAUGAAAUGGUGGAUCGAGGGAUUUCACCCGAUACAGUAACUUUUAAUGUCUUAAUAGAUUCACAUUGUAAAGAUGGGAAGACGGAAGAUGCUUGGGGGUUAUUCAAAUUGAUGGAAAAGAUAAACAUAAAACCGAAUCUGAUUACUUAUAAUUCAAUGAUGGAUGGUCUGUGUUUAGUAGGUCGGUUGCCAGAUGCGGUGAAACUGUUUGACUCGAUGGUGGAUAAGGGUCUUGAACCGGAUGAUUUUAGUUGGAAUAUAUUAAUCGAUGGGUACUGCAAGAAUCGUAAGUUGGAUGGAGCUAUGCAGCUAUUUAAGAAAAUGAAACAAAAUGGAUUGAAACCCACAACAGUUACCUACAAUAUACUAUUAAGAGGACUAUACCAGGAUGGAAGAAUGAAGACUGCAAAUAAUUUGUUUAAUGAGAUGCUAACCAUGUUGGAUGGGUACUGCAAGAACGGAAAAAUAGCGGAUGCAAUAGAAUUGUUUGAGUCCAUUGAAACUACUGGUAUCUCAAUUAAUGUUCGCAUGUACAGCAUUCUUAUUCAUGGUUUGUUUCAGGCUGGCAAGCUGGAAGAUGCUAGAAAGCUGUUUGAUAAAAUUCCAAGAAAUGGAUUAGUGCCUAAUGAAGUAACUUAUACCACAAUGAUCAAAGGCUUCUUUCGUAACAACAUGUUAUUAGUGGCUAACUCAUUAGUCAGCGAAAUGGAAGAGAAGGGUUGUUUACGAAAUGCCAGAGCGUACGAUACCAUCAUUGGUGGUUUUCUUGUAGCAAAGGAGAAUGCCAAGGCAUUGCAUUUUCUUCGUAAGAUGCUUGAGCGAAAAUUUGCACCAAGUGAUUCUGCUAUUUACUUGUUAGUAAACACCCUUCCGGAGCAUGAACUGAAAAAUCUGUAGCUGUUCUUCCCACAACUUGUAACUAUUGAGGUGACACUUCAAGCUAUUGCAGCGAGUAGAGUGGUAGCUAUUACAGAAUGCGGACUUCUUUCUGAUGGCGGGACAACAGAAGCUUGAUAUAAAGUAUACAUAAUCUGGUGCAGUUUAGCCCAUGGCCAGAACUGCAUGUAUCAGUGUGAGUUAUUAAAUUACUUCCAGUAUUAUCUAUUUCAAUAACCAGAGCAUCAUGAUUGUGGAAGUUUCUUGAAAAUAUUGUUUGUCAUAUCUGUUAAUGGAUCUGUUCAUCAAAUAGCAUCUAUACAGGAUAUGAACUAUGAAGAGAAUUUAGACAAAGACGCAUAACAAGAAAACUCAAAUGCCUUGUUAAGAACAAUGCUUUACGCUCUAAGAGGUAAAAUCACAUUAAGAGAUGUUUGGAGGUUAUAUGCUACUUACAUAUGCAGUGUCAGUGGCUAGAUGAAUUGCCCACCCUAAAAUCAAAAUCUUAUCAGGUUUAAUUUGGCAAAAUGGUGGCUUCUUUUGAGGUUCUUUAUGUUUAAUAUUUUGUAAACUGACUAGACAAGUCAAUUUUUACCCUGUCUUUCUGGACCCAUUUACAAUCAUGAGUUUUGGGGUUAGCAUUGCCCAUGUCUAUUUGGAAGAUGCAUUUGUCAUUCCAGCUUACUCUACCUAUUUAUGGCAGCUUCCUUUUUUUUAGGAUUUCAACA